AUGUCUAGAUUAAUCUACAUCUGUCUUUGCACCCGGAGAGUGUUACAAAACCUUUAUCGUUAGCUGACCAUACACUUUCUGCAUGAAACGAUAGUUAAGGAACUACACCAGAGGCAGUUAUGGAGAUGCAGGAGAUCCUUACAGAGAGCCCAAACAGCAAUGAAGAGGAGGGAGCAGGUGAGCCGAAGGUGGAACGAAAAACUCAAGAGGAAGCAGAACCAGACUAUUACGAAAAAUUGCAGUGUCCAACAGAGAAUGUCUAUGUGGAAGCUGGUCAUAUUCAUCCUAAAAUCAAAUCAACAGAAGUCAAACAGGUGGAGGGAAAUGCAGGACUGUACCGUCUGCUGUGUUUAAUCCUCACAAUAAUCUGCCUCAUCCUUCUCAUUCUUGUUGUCGUCCUUGGUGUGAAACUCCAAACUGAAUCCACAGUCUGCCCAGGAAACGACAGAUCUGAAGUCCAACAAAGUCCUCCUCCAACAUGCAACUUGCAGGACUGCCACAAGCAGUUCAAGCGUCUUGGCUGUCAGCAGUGUGCUAGAGGCUGGCUCACCUUUGACGGAUCCUGUUUUUUCCUGUCCACCACCAGACUGACAUGGCCCGAGAGCCACAAGAACUGCAGUGCCAGUGGAGGAUCUCUGGCUGUUGUUACCAGCCAGAGGAUUCAGAGUUUUCUGACCGAGAAAGGGAAAUUGAAAUAUUGGAUUGGACUGAAACAGGACUACUCCACAUGGAACUGGGUCAACAACAAUGAGCUGGAGCACAGUUAUUGGAAGGAGACUGCACAGAAUGGAGACUGUGCUUAUCUCAACAGCGAAGGCCCAGUUGAGAAGAACUGGGACAGAGCUUCCUGUCAGACCUCUACCUACUUCAUCUGUCAGCUGCAGUACUGAUGGAGACUGUUUCAUCAACAAUCCUCUCCUGAGCAACACAGGAAACGAAGAACAAACCAUACUACACAAUACAGUGGUAAAUAUAACUUAAUGUAUGACAUCAAGUUAUAUUUACCACUGUAUUGUGUAGUAUGGUUUGUUCUUUAGUAGUUUGGCUUUUUAACAGCUUUAAUCAGGAUAUUUAAAUAUUAUACACUGUAUGAUUUUCCUGCUGACUCACAAAUGAAGGCCAGUAAAUUUGCUUUAACAAGA